CCAAAUAUCCCAACACAACACAAGUAGAGCUUAAAGAGAGCUUAAGACGACGACCAUGGCAUUCUCAAUCUCUACAAAACCCAACUCCACUGUCUUCCUCUCUUUCCUCCAUCACCACCAUCAUCUACGCGGUCUCCCAGUCUCUCUCUCACUCUCCCCGCCCUCGUCUCUUUUCCGCCGCCCUCUCCUCUGCUCCGCCGCCAAGUCCCCCACUGGCCCGCUCGAGAAAAAGCCGAAUAAGAAGCGCAAGAAAAAGCCCAAGCCCCCCCUUGUCGACGGCGUCGAUGUUGAGAUCGUCGAGAGCUCCGCCCACGGCGUCGACGUUGAUUUUGAUGUUGACGGACCAUCGCCAUCGCCAUCGCCAUCGCCGUCGUCGGGUUACUACGCGACACCGAUGCCUAAACCGCCGUCCGGAUUUGUGGUGGAUGACGAGGGAAGGGUUCUCAUGGCUUCCACCAACCGAAUCGCCACCAUUGUGGAUCCUACGAAUAAUUUUCCAUUGGAGUGCGUUAUAAGGAGGGUUUUCAGAAGCUCAAGAGGGGAUGAGUGUAUGCUUUUAUGCCCUGUUGAUACGCCCGUUCAGAUUUUGAAGAGCACAAAUAUUGAAGGCUGGUCAGCUGUAAGUGAUGAAGAAGUGGAAGCAAUUCUUCCUGCUGCUGCUUAUGCCCUUGCGAAGAUUCACAUGCAUUUGGUACAUAGUGGGUUCUGCUAUACAGCACGAGGAGGGUUUUGCUACACUGAGGAUGACGUAUUUGACUUCCGCACAGAUGAUGGUCAAGAUGUAGAUGGUUUACCAACUGAGGGUGUGGAAAUUACAUGCUUCCAUAUGGAUGGUGCACAUUACAUGAUAUACACACCAUCUGAUCCUCUUCUUUUUGUUGCUGUAAAGGACAAUAACGGGCUCUUGCAAAUUGCUGAUGAUGAUCUGCUGGAGGAUUCUGCUAUAAUUAGUGCCAUCGACGAAGAGACUGAGUUUAACGCCCUGGUGGAGGAAGAAGCUGCUCUUCUUGAUUCUUUGUUAGGGAAAGAGUAGUAGCACUAUAUAUACUGUAAGAUGAGUUACCCAAGCGAUUCUAUAUGAUGCUAUUUAUGUCCAUAAUUAAGGGAUGGAAUAGUAUUGAGGUUGUGUUUUUCUCAUAUUUGUUAUGUAUAUAAUGAAUAUUGUUUAGGCUUGUAUUUAUCUUCUUUUGUCCAGAUUCCCUACAUACUUUCUAUAGUUUAAACA